UGUGGGUUUUCUUUGAAAAGGGAAAAUAUCCUUUUACUGCAAACGGGGUUCACAACAGCAUUUGUAUUUUUCUAAAAGAAGGGGUUGCAGGGAAGGUGCAACGUGAUUUGCCUUUCCUGUGGCCCGAGGGUGGGCGGGCUGGUUGUUGGGGUGGAGGAUUGGAACAAAGAGGCUCUCUUCUCCUCUUUCCCCCCACAGCAUAUUUGCAACAAAGAACAUAUAGUGGGGGGAGGCAGGCAGGCAGGCAGGCAGGAAGGAAGGAAGAAAGGGAGGAAGGGAUGCAGCAUUAAUCUUCCCCUUUAGGACUCGUGGCUGGAAUAAAUUCCGGGAGAGCAAGAAGCAGGAGACGACAGCAACAAAGGAUCUGGCCAGAGAUCCCGCCCUGCAUUUGAGGGAAUUAUGUUCCGGUUCAUGAGAGAUGGAGAGCCAGAGGAUCCAAUGUUUGUGAUGGACCCUCUCGCCAUCCACCACCAGCAUGUGAACCGUGUGCUCUCGGGAGGCUUUGGUUAUAGCCCCUUCCUCAGCAUCGGCAAUGGGACUGUACCCGGAACACGCCAGACUAGUCGAAGAAUGCAGGCAGGAACUGUUUCACCCUUUGGGAUGGUAGGAAUGGCAGGUGGCUUUAUGGACAUGUUUGGAAUGAUGAACGACAUGAUUGGAAACAUGGAGCACAUGACGAGUGGAGCCAACUGCCAGACGUUUACUUCCUCAACCGUCAUAUCCUAUUCGAAUCUGGGGGAAGGCCCCAAAGUCUACCAGGAGACCUCGGAGACACGUUCUGCACCUGGUGGGAUCCGGGAGACGAGGCGGACGGUGCGAGACUCAGACAGUGGCCUGGAGCAGAUGUCUAUUGGGCACCACAUCCGGGAACGUGCACACAUCAUGCAGCGCUCACGUAACCAUCGCACAGGGGACCAGGAGGAGAGGCAAGACUACAUCAACCUGGAUGAGAGCGAUGCAGCUGCGUUUGACGAUGAAUGGAGGCGAGAGACGUCCCGCUUCCGGACACAGAGAGGGCUGGAUUACAGGCGUCACGAGGGAAGCAAUGGCCGUAGGGCCGAGGGGACCCGUCUUGCUAUUCAGGGACCCGAGGAAUCGCCGACCAGACAGUCGCGCCGGUACGACUGGUGAAUCCAGAGCAGACUUAAGGGGGGGUGCAAUGCGGCCACCCCCAAAUCUACCUUCAUGCUCUUGUACAGACAGUGAAACUCUGAUGGUGAAGCCCCUACAAAACAUCUCUUGGACCUUCCUCAAGUUGAAUACUAGCCUCCUGCCCCUCUUAAAAUUUAAAUUAAGUGACUAACUCUCAACACAGUUGUACUCCUUGCAUAGAGCAGGUGGCCAAGGGGAAUGUGAGGGACCUUGUCCAUGAAUGAGUGACACAUCCGUUUUACUUCCCCCCCCCCUUAACUCCUCCCUCCACUUCACUGAGCUCCCCAACCCCCCUCCCCUUAGUGCUUUUGGGGGGAUGCAGGAGUAAUCUCCCUGAGUUUUUGCCAUCCCCUCUGUAUUUCCUGCUCCAAGUUUGGCUGGUUCUGGAGUUUGUGUUGAAUCUAUCCACCCACCUCAAGUGGCAACCAUGUAAAAAAAAGUCUGUUGACCUGCAGUUAGUUUGAAGCACUUGGAAAAUAACCUUUGGUCACCUUUGCUCUCGGCCUACCUGCCCUGGAAAUUGGGGUAUGUAUGAAAGGGUGCAAGGGCUCGGGUGAGGUGUGGACAAACCAAACAGGCCCUACCUCUCUGCCCCAAUCCUGUCAGCGCCCUAUCUUAUAAAAUUUGAUUUUGUGAAACUUGUAACUAGAUGUUUACUGAGUUGAAUAAAGAAAUGGAACCUGUAAAGCAAA